AUGUCCAUCGACUUCCUUCUCGAAGAUGCCAAAGCUCGUGUUGGCGAACCCAGACCAGUCCCUGAGUUUGGUCUCAGGAUUACACCACUUUCCCGGGAUAAAGUUAAGAAGAUGUCGAAUGACGAACAGGAGACAGAAAAAGUUAAAAGGACAAAUUUUCUUAGUAUCACUCAUGGGAACUCCUUUUAUUUCGAUAUGUUCGCAUACGAACGUUUUCUCGCUGAUCUAAAAGAAGCGGGCAAACUGGUAGAAGUCGCGCAGCUAACAAUCGAGAAGUUCUUGGAAUCUAUGCGAUGGCUCAGGGAGAAAUUUCCAAAUGGUCCGGAUUCUGAGGCCGCGAAGGACCAGCAGAAGCGGAUCGUACGCCAACGUGAUUUUGCUGGGAUGGACGGAAUCUUCCCAAAGCAUCUUGAAGAGUUUAGAAAAACGAGGGUCUGUGAGAGAUUGCUCGACCUUUUUAUGAAACCCGUCGCCAAAGAUGUCAAAGAGAAUAGUAGAAGUACCAAACGUGAACUAAAGGAUGGAGCUAAAAGAAUAAGAAACAUUGUUGCGUUCGGACUCGGGGAAUUUGAACUUCCAGCCAGAAAGAACGCCGACAGCGAUGCUCAAAACACCCUCAUUCAACAUGCUGCUGUUGUAGCCAUUCGUGACGCGCUUGAGGCGCAGCUCGGUCUCCAGAUUCCUGUCUUUCUUCAAGAUCCGGUAUAUGUCCAGGCAGAGGUUGAAUUGGCAAAGCAACACCGCAUGACGAUAGUCAGAUAUGGACCUGGCCACCAAGUCGGAUGGAACAAGAUUAACGAGAACUCUUUGGUCAUUCAUUUUGGUAUCCCUUAUCCGGUAUUUGCUUUCAUCGACGAAUUCGAACAAGUUGGAGCUAUUCUCAGUAGCCCUCAAUACAAAAGGAAGUGGACUCCCUUCCCUGAUGAGGACACGCUUCUAUGGACAAAGUUCCUCAAAUUCACCGACGAAAAGGGAGAAAGGCGCCUCCUAUACUCGGCUAAACAUGAUGAUAACGUUGUGGCUGAUAAAGUUAACGCUGAAUAUGCGAAAUUUCCACUCUGUUUGGAUGAUUUGGAACUCACUGAAAUGGAGGGAAUUGAGAAGAAACCGUCCUCAUCGCACUUGGGUGGUUCGACUGCUCUUUAUUUGCGCAAGAGCACAAACGCCUAG